ACGUGGCCGCCCACGCGCGCCUCGGGUAAAAAUGUCUUCAGCCAGGGUUGUUGAGUGUGUUCCUAACUUUUCAGAGGGACGCAAUGAGGAGACUAUUCAAGCCAUCGCCUCUGCCAUCAAGAGUACUGAAGGAUGCUCUCUGUUGGACGUGGAGCCUGGUGUGAGCAUCAAUAGGACUGUGUACACGUUUGUUGGUAGUCCAGAAAGUGUGGUGAUGGGAGCCCUAUCAGCUGCCAAAGUGGCCUACAAGCUAAUUGACAUGACCAAACAUCAUGGAGAGCAUCCACGAAUAGGAGCCAUGGAUGUGUGUCCGUUUGUGCCAGUUGCCAACACAACACUAGAGGACUGUGUGAGGUGCUCCAAGAGCCUGGGUGAGCAGCUGGCUAGGGAGCUGGGUGUACCAGUCUACCUGUAUGAGGCCUCACAGGAGAGGGACUACAGGAGAUCACUACAGAGCAUACGCAAGGGAGAGUACGAAGAGCUCCAAGAAAAGCUCAAGCAGGCUGAUUGGGCUCCUGAUUACGGCCCAACGACCUUUGUACCUCGAUGGGGAGUAUCUGUGGUUGGUGCUAGGAAGUUCCUUAUAGCGUACAAUGUCAACCUCUUGGGCACCAAGGAGCAGGCUAAUCGGAUCUCUAUCGCCCUGAGGGAGUCUGGGGGAUCAACAGGAAAGAAGCCUGGUCGAUUGAAGUUAGUCAGGGCACUGGGCUGGUAUGUGGCUGAGCAAGGCAUUGCCCAGGUCUCCAUGAACCUGUGUGACUAUGAGGUCACUCCCAUACACACUGCUUUUGAGGAGUGCAGCAAGGAUGCUAGGGAGCUGAAGUUGGGUGUUGUUGGGUCAGAGAUAGUGGGACUAGUGCCCCUCAAGCCCAUUUUGAUGGCAGCUGAUUAUUACAUAGAGAAGGAGGGACUGUUCGUACUCCACGAGUCUCAGAAAGUGCGACUGGUCAUAGACAGACUGGGUCUCAACUCCAUAUCUGAGUUUAAGCCUCAGGAAAAGAUUAUUGAGUAUCGUGUUGGGAGCAAUACAGAUGGUCCUCUGGCCAGUGGUAGUGUGCGCUCAUUUGUAGAACAGCUGGCAGCGAGGACGUCAGCACCAGGAGGGGGCUCUGCUUCAGCCUGCAUUGCUAGUAUGGGAGCAGCAUUGGGUGCAAUGGUUGGGCUGCUAACAUUUGGCAACAGGAAGUUUGAAGCCCUUGAUCCUGUGAUGAGGGUAGCCAUUCCUCCACUACACAGCGCCACUCAGCAGCUCAUUCCACUCAUAGACAAAGACACACAGGCUUUUAGCUCUUACAUGGAAGCGCUAAAGUUACCCAAGACUACUAAGGAAGAAAUUGCCAAACGGAAGCAAGCCAUGCAGGAUGGGUUGAAAGACGCCAUUGAGGUUCCGCUGAAUGUGAUGAAAAUUGCCUACGGCUGCUGGGAUUACAUGAUCACCAUAGCGACACAUGGCAACGAGACAGCUCUGUCUGACAUUCAGGUUGGAGGGUGCAGUCUCCACACUGGACUGAAGGGUGCCUACUACAAUGUGUGUAUCAACCUGAAGCAGGUCACUGAUGAAGACUAUGUGAGGACCGUGAGAGAGGAGGUGGAGAGAAUGUCUCAGAGCUCGGAGGACAAGCUCACACUGUUACUAGACACUGUUAAGCAGAGACAAAAUAAAGGACAAUAAUUCAAUCACUUUCAUUCGUGGAUUCAUGUCAUACAACCCCUAUAAUUAUAUGUUAUUGUUAUGCCCCAGUUUUAAUCAUUGAUUUCUCAAAUAAUUAUAAUUCUGUUUCGUAUGUGAUUUCAAUCAGCUAUAUAUAUACUUGUAUAACGAAAUU